GAAAGAAGUAAGAGAACCGAUCCAAUUUCCCCGAUCUUAACUUGCGCCAACUGUUCAGCUGCCACAAAGCCCUUUGAAACCACACUUAAUCAAAACGGGAAAAAACACACUGAGACGGAACAAGAAAAUCUACAAACUCACAAAGAAGAACCUAAGGCCAAAAAGAUUGGAAUCAAUCGAGCAGAAGAAAUAUGGGGUGCAGGGCUGUAUUCCGGACGGUAUUAAUGGAGGCAUGGCGUCCUUUGCCUGGAAAAAGCAGCACAAGCGCUACAUCUUUUUCUUCUUCCAUUUCGACUCCACAGAAUUUGAGAUGUGGACUCUGCCAUAAUUAUCUUCCAAAGAUUCGAUCUUUCCACAUUCGUAAGGGAAUCCCCCACGUCAAUUGCUCCAACCACGAAAACCCUUCUUCAGAUGACGAUGGAGACCAAGACCCUCCUCAAGAAGCCGUUCUCAAGGCUAUUUCAGAAGUUUCUAAGGCUGAAGGAAGGGUAGGGCAGACAACAAAUGUGGUUAUUGGAGGCACCGUCACAGAUGAUUCCACUAAUGAGUGGCUUGCUCUGGAUAAGAAGGUGAACUCAUAUCCAACAGUCAGAGGGUUCACCGCUAUAGGAACUGGAGGUGAUGAUUUUGUUCAAGCUAUGGUUGUUGCUGUUGAAUCCGUAAUCCAACAGCCAAUUCCGGAGGGCCAGGUGAAACAGAAACUUUCCUCAAGAGGCAAAUAUGUGUCGGUAAACAUUGGACCUAUUCAAGUAGUUUCGAGUGAGCAGGUUCAAGCUGUGUACAACGCGAUGAGGAGGGAUGACCGGAUGAAAUACUUUUUAUAAUCUGUUAAUAUCCAGUUGUAGAUUCUGUUAUAUGUAGUAAGUAUACUAAUGUAUUUGCAUUUGCUCAUUCCUUCAUUUUACCUAUUCAAAGGGGAAUUUGAUUGGGCCAAAAGUGUUGUUAGGCAUCUGUAGUUACCUACUAGUACUACUUUAUAACUACAGUUAAUAGAAAACUGGUACUAGACAUAUCAAAAAGGUGCUUGGUGUCUGCCAUAGUGGUUAACUGAAGCAUGAAGGUUUAUGAUCUAUGUCAGGAGUUUGAAUGUCCCUAAAUUGACGUCGUGAAUCAAAGUCGAAUGUUUCAAUUGGGGAAAUACAACACUCCAACUCUCGUCUUCGGGAGGGAUGGAUGGAAGAAGGUUAAGAACAGUGGGUGUAACUGAAAGCAUUUGUAGUUCAAUCAGCUAAAAUAAUAAAAGUCUAAACUCUUCUAGCAUAACAAAGCG